AACUAUUAGAGCUGCUCUCCCAGAGAAAGGAUCUUUCAUUCAAAACUCAACCCACUCAGGACUGAGCCAACCUGUUGAGCGGAUUGUGUAGGGUGUUGGUUUCUGUCUGUCUAGAUCAGAUCUUUACAUGUGUUAAGGGUGGUUCCUCCACAACCACUUUUCAAACUUCAACGUUUCAGUUUCUUUCUCCUUGAUAAAGGUUAAAACCACACUAUCAUGAUGAAGACUUUGGCACUAGUUUUCAUGACACUUUUUUCCCUUGUAUUGGCGGAAGGUCAGCAGGCAUCAGAGGAAGACCCCUUCUCUUUUGAUUAUCACAGACUUCGGGUUGGAGGUUUGAUCUUGGCAGCAGUUCUGUGUCUGAUUGGCAUCACUAUUCUCCUAAGUGGCCACUGUAGAUGCAAAUUCAACCAGGACAAAAGGAGGAGGACAGGAAGUAACGCUCAAGCGAUGCUCAAUGACACAGCAAGGGCCAGUGAAUGCUAAAAACCUGCUGACCUGACCUGAACCAAUCAGAGGAGACGGUCUGCCUUCUUUUAUCCCAUGUGCUGGUUUAUCAGAGGAAUUAUUUCUCUUUAAGACGAGGAACCUAAUACAAAGGUUUUCUGUGUUUUCACUGCUUAUCUGCUCCAGAUCAUAGAGAAGGUGAAAAUUCAUAUACCAUUUUUUUUUUUUAUGCCAGAUGUCUUUGUAAUGUCACUUAAUAUAAAUUGAUUACCAAAAAAUGUAUGUAAAUUGUUUUUUAUCCUGUCAGUAAUUGUAUUAAAUUAUGUUGGAUAUAGGUAUGAAAGGGAAGGCUUUCAAUGGCAGUGUCCUGAUCUCAUAUGGAAACCUUUAACCAAAUAUGACUGUAAGCUUUAGUGGAUCCAUCCAAUAUUAUACUGUUGCAUUCUGUGUGAAUUAGUUUACUGUUCAGACUUGCUUUGCAAUUGAAUAAGAAAAUCUUGAAUAAGAAAAGAUCAUGCUAUCAAGAAAAAACAAACUCCAUUAUAUUUACAUUGAGAUAUUGUCAUGUGCUUGAUAUUGUUUUCAUUUCCAGCAUAUUCAUCACAAACAUGCUAGUAGUAUUGAGAGUUUGUCUGUUUAUCAGUUGUGUGAAAACUUGUCAGUAUCAUUCAAACAUAAACACUAAAAUAAACUAAAAGAAACUAAAACUAAAA